AACUUUACUUCUGCUGCAUUACCCAUAAUUCCUCAUUCCAUUUUAGUGAAAACUGGCCAAUUCGGCUGAAAAAUGGGUAUCGACAUCAAUCACAAAAAUGAUCGGAAGGUCGUUCGUCGGUCUCCCAAAAGCGAAGAUAUCUAUCUUCGCUUGCUGGUUAAACUGUAUCGUUUUCUUGCCAGAAGGUCUGGAUUGAAAUUUAACAAGAUUAUUUUAAAACGCUUGUACAUGAGUAAGAUUAAUCGUCCUCCCCUAUCACUGGCUAAAUUGACAAAAGUAAUGAAAAAGCCUGGUAAUGCUAAUAAGAUUGCUGUUGUUGUUGGUACGGUAACUGAUGAUCUUCGUCUAUAUGAAGUUCCAAAAAUAACUUUAUGUGCACUACGAGUGACAGAGCGGGCAAGAGGACGAAUUUUGAAAGCUGGUGGUGAGAUUAUCACAUUUGAUCAACUUGCUUUACGUACUCCUAAAGGGAAGAAUACUCUUUUGAUCCAAGGACGCAGAAAGGCAAGAGAAGCUUGCAGACAUUUUGGCAAAGCUCCUGGUGUACCACACAGUCAUACCAAGCCAUAUGUCAGAUCCAAAGGACGCAAAUUUGAAAGAGCUCGUGGACGAAGGAAAAGCCGUGGUUUCAAAGUGUAGUUUAAUUAUUCUGGCAUUGAAAAAAUUAAAGAAUACAAUAAAAUUUGAUGACUGUUCUGUAAUAUUUUCUGUGUUUAAUAAAACACUUGCUAGAUUUGCAAUUAUUCUGA